GGGAAGCAAAUGGAGGAGUUUAAGAUAUUUAGGACGCGAUAUUUAAAUCAAAGGGGGCGGGGCUUAUGAGCGCCCAGGUGUCGGUGCUGAUUGAGAUGUUCGACCUGAAGAAGAAGAACAGUUUGACCAUGAGGACCAGCCGUCAYCAGACAGAGGAGUUCAGGCGCGUGGCGGUCAAACGGAAAGACCGUGCUGCUGUUCGGGGGAGCUCAGAGGUCCCAAAACCAGCUGUCGUCCAGAGCCCACGGAGGUCUGACCCAGAUCAAACCUGCACCACAGCAGAACGUCUUCAGGUACAAGAUCUGAGUCCAAACCGGAGCUUCGGAGUCUCCGUCUCCUGCGUGAACCUGGCUCAGAGCUCUCCGAGUCCGGUUCGAGGCGAAGGAGGAGCCCACUUCCUGAACCCAGACCGUCUGUCACCGAGUCCGGGCAAGAGGAGCGUCAAGAGCUGCAGUCCCUUAAGAGAGGGGGGCCACAGUCCUGCCAAGCUGUCCCCCAGAAGCCACAGCCCCCUGAUGGGAAAGCUGCGGACCCCGAGCCCGGUUCUGAAGAGAAUGGGCAGCUACAGUCCGGUCCGGUGCUCCAGGUCCUGGCUGGGGCUGCAGAGAGUCUGGAGCGAGGUGAUGGGAAAUCCCGAGAGGAAGGCGGAGAAAUCUCUAAGCGUGCCCAAUCUGGUCGUCUGCGCGGACGACUGCAGGCUUCCUGAUGGAGCUGAAAGUUCUCCUCUGAAGUGGCUUCAGGCAGCCAGCUGUAACGGACCGGGCAUCUUCAUCACAGUCCCGGAUAAAUCUGAGUACAGUGACGUCAACGAAGGAAGCAGCGAGACAGAACUUUCCCCGAGACGAAGUGACGACAYAGAGCUGGAUCCAGCAGAAUCUGGACCCGGGUUCUCCUGCGAGCGGACUAAAGCGAGUGAAGAACAGAUUGUCGAGGCGCUGGGAGUUUCUGAGGAUGAGGAGGAGAUGGGUGAAGAGACGGGAAGCGAGGUGAAAGAAGACGCUACGGAGCAGAAGUUGUUCAAGAUAGCUAAUGAGCUCCUGCAGACGGAGAGGUCCUACGUGUCCCGACUCCACCUCCUGGACCAGGUGUUCUGUCUGCGCCUGACUCAAGAAGCUGAUCGAGGCUCUUUUCCUCCUGAUGUCAUCAAAAACAUCUUCUCCAACAUUUCCUCCAUCUACUCCUUCCACAGCCAGUUUCUGCUCCCUGACCUGGAGAAAUGCAUCUGCAACUGGUCUGAGAGUCCAGGUCUGGGUAAAGCUCUCSUGCAGCACGCCCCCUUCCUGAGGAUGUACGCCGAUUACGUGAAGAACUUUGAUCAGGCCAUGGAGCUGGUGGGGACCUGGACUAAAUGUUCCUCUGCCUUCAGGAACAUCAUCCAGGACAUCCAGAGUCAGGACGUGUGUGGCAGCCUCAGCCUGCAGCACCACAUGUUGGAACCGGUGCAGAGGGUUCCACGUUACGAGAUGCUGCUGAAGGAUUACCUGAAGAAGCUUCCCGAGGACAACCCAGACUACCCGCUUGCUCAAAAGUCCUUGGAGGCCAUUUCCAUGGCAGCCACCCACUCAAACAGCGCCAUCCACAGAGCCGAGAACCUGAAACGGCUCCUGGAGAUCUAUGAGAUGGUCGGAGAGGAGGAGGUGAUCAACCCGACYAGCGAGUUCCUCAGGGAAGGUCGUCUGCUGAAGCUCGCUGCCAGAAACACGUCGGCCAUGGAGAGAUACCUGUUCCUGUUCAACAACUUCCUGCUGUGUUGCUCUGCCAAGUUCAGCCUGGUUGGACAGAGAUUCACAGUCCGCUGUAGGAUUGGAGUGGACGGGAUGCARGUGCAGCAGACCACCAAUGAGGACCACCCGUACACCUUCCAAGUGUCUGGAAAGGAGCGGACUCUGGAGCUACAGACUAGCUCUGGCGAGGACAGAGAUGAGUGGAUAAAGGUGAUUCAGGAAGCCAUYGACACGUUUCAGAAGAAAAAUGAAACCUUCAAAUCGGCUUCAAAGGAACCGAAUCUUGAAGAUCCUAUGAAAGAACUGGGCCGACGAGCCCCUCGCUGGAUCCGAGACAACGAGGUGACCCUGUGUAUGACCUGCAGAGAGCCCUUCAACUCUCUGACCAGGAGACGACAUCACUGUCGAGCCUGUGGCUACGUGGUGUGUUGGAAGUGCUCGGAUAAUAAAGUGGCUUUGGAGUACGAUGGGAACAAGCUGAAUAAAGUGUGUAAAUCGUGUUACUUUGUCCUGACGAGCCAGAGGGGGGAGAGGAUGGACAGGAAGAAGAGAAGGACGUUGGAGUUUGAUCCAUAUCCUGGCUCACAGAGCAGCGUAAUGAGCAGCUACCUUGAGUACGGCGACAGCUCCAUGAUUUGGCGACGAGUGUGGUGUGUCCUCACCAAGACUGAUCCUCCUGUGUUUUGUGUCUACGCUUCUCCUCAGGACGAGAAGCCUCAGGUCACCGUGCCACUCCUUGGCUGCGUCAUAGAGGAACUCCACCAAGGUCAGCACUGUUUCUGUCUCAAACAGUCCAAAACCUGCCACGUGUUCUCCUGCGACGACCUGGACCUCAAGCAGAGCUGGCUGACCGUCCUGAAACUGUCUGUGAUGAGAAACCUGUGAUGGAACGCUGGAGGCUCUGCGGGAAGGGCGAACAUGUACUCUAUUAGAUAAAAUGUUUGAAAUGAGAGYGAGAGAGGCGUGUUUUCUUUAAAAGUGGUUGUACACUUUAUUUCUGAAAUGGUUUGCAGUAAAAAUAAAUAAAGUGAAGGUGUUUUAAACUACAAA